AUGUGUGAGGUUAGUAAGGAACGCGAUUCGGCUGAAUCCACCACGCGUUCUACCCACGACUUUGCCAUCUUUCCUAUACCGAAACGGCUCCGACACGAUCCUGCACGUCCUCCACAGUUUGGGACAGUCCUGAACAUCGUAUUUGCAUUCACAAGCACAUUCGUGAUCGCGAAUCUGUAUUAUUCCCAACCUCUACUCAUUCAAUUAGCCCAGUCCUUCGGAGUUACUUAUGACGAGAUAUCCCGAGUGCCGACCCUAGUACAAGGCGGGUUCGGGGCCGGUCUGGUCUUCAUCGCACCUCUCGGUGACCUAUCACCCCGGCGACCUCUUUUGCUACUCCUAGUCGGCGCGUCAAUGCUGAUCACUGUUGGCCUUGCCGUUACGAAGUCGUUUCUCGCGUUCCAGAUCUUGAACUUCCUCAUCGGCGUCGUGAGCCUGGCUCCUCAGAUCCUCGUGCCCCUGGCUGCCGACCUCGCUCCUUCCCACCGUCGUGCAACUGCGAUCUCUAUCGUGAUCUCUGGCCUUCUAUUAGGGAUCUUGAUCUCACGUGUGAUGGCCGGCAUCGUCGCCCAGUUCGUUAGCUGGCGGAUCGUGUACUACGUAUCCGUUGGUAUGCAAGCGAUCUCCCUUGCAUCCCUGUGGGCUACGGUACCCGACUAUCCGUCUCAAAAUAAGGAGCUCACAUACGCGAAGAUCCUUUGGAGCGUGUUGCGUCUAUCUGUCACGGAGCCGACCCUGAUUCAGGCCGCCCUCGUACAGCUUGGAGGGGCGGCCGUAUAUACCGAGUUCUUCGUCACCUUGACCUUCCUUUUGGGCGAUAAUCCGUACAACUACGACACACUGAUCAUAGGUAUCUUCGGCUUAAUCGGACUAGUGGGUGUGUGCGGCAGCCCCAUUUACGGCCGUAUCAUUGACCGUGUCACACCGUGGCAUGUCUCGAUUGUGACGACCCUCGGCUUCACCUUGACCUAUGCCUUGUACUGGGGCGCUGCCGGUGUAAACAUAGCAGUGCCGGUGAUCGUCACAUUUGGACUGGACGUCUUCCGCCAAUCGCAGCAGACCAGCCUUGCUGCUCGCGUAUUUGAGCUUGAAGACGGUUUGCGAUCACGACUGAAUGCUGUUUGCAUGAUUGCGAUAUUCCUCGGCCAGGUCAUUGGCAGUGCCGUGGGAUCUGAGAUAUUUCUCAAACACGGGUGGCGCGCAAAUGGCGCAUUGAUGACCGCUUUCUGCCUGUUUCAGCUUGCUGUGCUCUUGGUCCGUGGACCACACGUGCCACGAUAUACGUGGUUCGGGUACGCAGGAGGGCUGAAGUGGAUACGCGAGGAUAUCCAUCUUCGCGCAGCGGAUGAGGAGAGAGCUUCUGCGUCUGUCGAUGACGAAACGCGCGCACCGAGUGUCGCAGCAGAUACAAAGAGCGUGAAACGCAUGCAUUCGGAGCAUAUAGUCGGCGCAAGCGACAUUCAGACCGUGGUCUCCGACGCCUACGAGGACAAAGUGAAAGAUGUGGAUAUGGAGAAGAGGUAG